GAAAUUUAUCAGUCCGAGCGCGGUGAGAGAAAAGACCGCCUGCCUCCCUCAAGACCGGCGCUGCCACGAGCCGCCGCCGCCGCCGCCGCCGCCUCCCCUCCCAAAUUCCAAUCUCAUCCCCAUGUCGGCGCCACCUUCUCUCUCCUAGGUGCCACCUUGAGUUCCCGAUGAAACUGACCUGCUUGGACACCGGAGGCGAUGGCGGUUACUACACGCCGGCGAGCCAUCUCCUGGAGCUGGAGGGACUCCGUAUUCUCCUUGACUGCCCCAUCGACCUCUCUGCUCUCACGGCGUUCUCCCCGGUGCCCCGCGGCGCGUCCUACUGUGAUGCCGGAGACCUAAUCCGCGCGGUGCCCUACUACCGGUCGCCAGCAGUGGUCGCUGCCGCCAAAGCAGGCGGCGUAGACGCCGUGCUUGUGUCAUCCGCUACGGGGCUGCUUGGCCUCCCAUUCCUCACGCGGCUCCCCAGCUUUGCGAGCACCAAGGUCUACGUGACAGAGGUAGCAGCGAAGAUGGGAAGGCUAAUGAUGACAGAGUUGGUAGAGAUGCACCGUGAGUUUGUAAGGUGUUAUGGACCAGAUAGGGAUCAGUCACCUGUGUGGAUGGAAUGGGAGAGGCUCAAGAAAUUCCAGUCGGUGUUGCAGAAGAUCAUGACGGAAGAAGUGGGAAAUAAUGGUUUAGCUGCUUUGGUGCCACUCUACAGUCUGGAGAACAUAGAAGCAUGCAUGCAAAAAAUCAAGCAUGUAAAAUAUGGAGAGGAGGCUUGCUUCAAUGGCAUGUUGAUGCUGAAAGCCUAUAGUUCUGGUUUGGAACUUGGCAAUUGUGUUUGGACCAUAAAAGGUCCAAGAGCAAGUAUCACCUACUUGCCAAGCUCCAUAUUUGUGUCAGCUCAUGCAUUAGACUUCGAUUAUAGCCCUCUGAGGGGAAAUGAUGUGAUUUUGUUUUCGGAUUUUUCAUCCUUAAACAGCAUGCAUGAUGAUAACAAGAAGAUGGGUGAGCAUGUGGUGAACGAAACAGACAUUUACCUGGCUAGUGACUCAGUGUUCAGCUCUGAAAAUUUUUUCAGGGAUGAUGGCACCAAUGAAGAUGAAAGCAUCAAAUACCUGUGCAGCAAUGAUGAUAUUAAAGAGGAGAUAGAGAGAAUCAGCUUCAUAUGCUCAUGCAUCACUGAUGCAAUAAAUUCUGGAGGUUCUGUAUUAAUACCAAUAGGACGACUUGGUAUUAUUCUUUUGCUUUUGGAGCAUAUGUCAGAAACACUACUUUCUUCCAACAUGAAGGUUCCCAUAUUUCUGAUCUCUGAGACAGCAGAAGAAAUAAUUACUUUUACCAAUGCCUUGCCUGAAUGGCUCUGCAAGUCACGCCAAGAGAAGCUUUUCUCUGGUGAGGCGUUAUUCGGCCAUGUAGAGCUUUUGAAGCAACGCAAACUAUCACUGUUCCCUCAUUUAUACUCAAAGGACCUGCUGGCAGCAUGGAAGGAACCUUGCAUUGUAUUUUGUCCACACUGGAGCCUUAGGCAUGGCCCAGCUGUCCACUUGCUUCAUCGUUGGCGUGCGGAUAAACGCUGUCUUCUUGUUUUGGAGCAAGGUGUUGAUACUGAGUUGACUCUAAAGCCAUUUAUGCCUCUGGCGAUCCAGGUCCUUGGGUGUUCUUUCCUUUCUGGAAUAAAGGUGGGGAAAAUUGAUCCAUUAUUAGGAUUGCUGAAACCAAAGCUCGUACUGUUUCCUGAAGGUCAGAAGUUGCUCUCUCCAGCCAGAGAGAAGCAGCCAUGGCCAUUCCUGUAUUACUCAAAGGGGAAAACCAUCGAGGUCCCAAAUAUGCGGGAAGAAUUUGAGAUGCUCCUGACAACCGAGGUUGCCUUUGGAUUGCAACCUAAGCAGCUGGACAAGACUACCGCUGUUGCGAGGUUGAAAGCAAAGAUCCUUCUAAGCAAUGGACAUUAUGUGCUAGCAGCUGCAAAGAGUCAAUUACAUCAACUGGAGCGGCACUUGCUACACAGGGGAACUGUUGACGCGGGCCUUGUACAGUCAGCCUUGCAGGAAAAGGGAAUUGUAUGCUCGUUUUCUGCAGACGCUGAUAUAUCUGCACCUAAAGAUCGUGAACGCACAAUUUCGAUUACUAGUCCAGGAGAAGCCCUGGUGAAGGUAGCAUCUGAAAGGACUACUAUAUACUGUGAUGAUGAAAAAAUCGCAGAGCAUGUUUAUGACGCUCUUCGCAGUAUUUGUAGUGGAAUAUAAUUGGAUGAUACUAUAUAUCUAUGUCACUCAAGAAAAUGAUAGAUGUGGCAUGAUGUGCCUUCGUUUUUGCUGUCGAAGGUUUGAAAACACCU